UUAAUGCAGUUCAUUGACCGUUUACAGUGAUGUGGUGUAGGUUGUGUUUUAGCCUUUUCAACGUUCGUCAAACAUCCCAGUGCAAUCACACACUGUAUGCAAUAUAAGCCAAUAUAUCUGGUAAGGAUGUAUCCGCACUCCACCGCAUAAAAAAAACGGACUGAGAGAGAGAGAGAGAGAGAGAGAGAGAGACAUUGUGUGAAACAAUAUGAUCUAGCAAUAUUUGAGGUCGCCUUCAAAUAGAAUGAUAUCUAGUGAUGGUUUGAAUGCGUUUAUUUAUUUAUUUUUUAAAUUGAUUUAUUUUUCCUUUUUUUUGAUGUAGUACAAAGUGUUGGCCACUAGCAUGAACUAACGACCUGUUGGAAGUUGUAGGAUCAACAAACGAGUAAAACAUGAGGAAGAAUCUAAACAGAUUCAAAGGGGCGAGUUAUACUUGAAACAUUGCUAAAUAAUCUCGUCAUAUAAACGUGUAGACUACAUUUAGGAAAUGUCCAACUGAUGUGAAACUAUUCUUUUUAAGAGGUGAAUCAAGUUUGUGAUUAAAUAGUUGUUGCAUGCCCCGGCCCCGCCUGUGUGGAGUUUGCAUGUUCUCCCCGUGCCUGCGUGGGUUUUCUCCGGGCACUCCGGUUUCCUCCCACAUCCCAAAAACAUGCAUUAAUUGGAGACUCUAAAUUGCCCGUAGGUGUGACUGUGAGUGCGAAUGGUUGUUUGUUUGUUUGUAUGUGCCCUGCGAUUGGCUGGCAACCAGUUCAGGGUGUACCCCGCCUCCUGCCCGAUGAUAGCUGGGAUAGGCUCCAGCACGCCCGCGACCCUAGUGAGGGGAAGCGGCUCAGAAAAUGGAUGGAUGGAUAGUUGUUGCAUGAAGUGAAUGAGAGGCAAAACGUGUUCCAGUUGCGAUCGAUUUAACGCCCUGCGAAUGAAAUGACCUGUCUAAAUGAGAAUAUUCACAGGCAUGAAUAGAGAGAUUUGUGUGUGUGUGUGUGUGUGUGUGUGUUUGUUUGUUUUUAUUUAUUUAUGUAUUUUUUUUUGCACAUUUCUGUCAUUGGCUGACGCUCACCUGUGCCGAUGACGUCAGCAGGGAGCCACCAUUGCAGGAAGUGGCAGUUUAUGGCACAAAAUAUGUGACACGAAUGCCUCGACCAGCAGCGAACACAGUUGAGGUCUCGUUUCUCUCUCUCUCUUUUUUCCGCCUUUUUAGCCGAGAGUAAGAAGUUUUGAAAGUUCACCUCGCUCAGUCUUCCACAGAGACCCCAAUGUUUUAGGUGCAGAGGAGGUCAGUGGACUGGGCCAAGGUGACAGAGGCAGUACACCAUGUCUCACACCCAGUCAGACGGCCGUGCGGGUGACCAGGUCCCUCUAAUUCUGGAGAGCCACUUUUCCACAGAACUUCAUAUAUCUGAACCAGGCGAUGAAUGCUGCCAGUCACAAAACUCCCCCACUGUCCGGCCUGAGGUGCGCAAAACCCAAGAGGAUGAACCUGACUUGCUGGAGGUGCCCCAGCAGCUGAUUUUGAGCACCCAAAGUGCAGUGGCGCUGAAGCUUGGCACUCAGCAGAUCAUCCCCAAAAACCUAGCCGUGGCCAGCCGGCCCAAAAACCGCCACCACACCACCGUGGUGACGUUCCCUGUGGGACUGGAGAAUACCAGUAACGGAUCCCGCAUCCGACACUCAGCCCAGGGCUCUGAUGUGAGCUGGGAGGACUAUGAUAGUGAUGGAGACGGCUUCGCUUUGAGGAGGAACCGCAGAAACAAGUCCUACAGAGCAGCAGUGACCAGCCUGGACAUUGAGGCUAUGGCGAGGGGGAAAGGGGCUGCAAAGGCACUAAAACCUCUGAAAGAAGGCAGAGCAUCCAGUCCAGGUGCAGCUCGCAGUCCUGGGAGGAAGCGAACCCUGGCUAGAAAGAGGAACCGUAAACAGCGUGGAUCAUUCAAAGAUGCAACGCCGUGCCUCUACCAGGAGAUCCGAGAGCGGGGUUUGCACUCUACCAACCAGGAUGAGCUACUGGACGACUUUGUAGUGGUGGAAGCUCCUGUCGAGGACCAGAGCAUCGUGGUGAAGAGCUACAGGCCAGCGCAGCUCACCUGGAGCCAGCUGCCACAGGUGAAGGACACCGGCAUACUGAAGAUGAUCUCGCCUCAAGAGAGAAAGAGACAAGAGGCAAUCUUUGAAAUAAUCACAUCAGAACAUUCAUACCUGCACAGCCUGGGUAUCCUGGUGCGACAUUUUAAGGAGAGUGAAGCUCUGAGGAAAACCAUGACGACCACAGAGCAUCACCACCUCUUCUCCAACAUCUCUGUUAUCCACCAAGUCAGCAAACGCUUUUUUGAGGAUCUUGAGCGGCGUCACUAUGACAACCCAGUCAUCCGGGACAUUAGCGACAUUGUCCAGAACCACGCCGCCCACCACUUUGAGCCGUACAUCGUCUACUGUUCCAAUGAGACCUUCCAGCAGAGGACGUUGCAGAAGCUCCUGAGCAGUAAUGGUGCGUUUAAGGACACCUUGAAGCAAAUUGAAGGGAGCAGUGAAUGUGGAGGCCUCCCAAUGAUCUCUUUUCUCAUCCUUCCCAUGCAACGUGUUACCAGACUGCCACUGCUGCUGGAUACAAUUUGCCAGAAGACUCCUGACAAGACCGCCGAGUACUUUGCUGCAGUCUGGGCGUUGCAUGCCAUCAGCAAGUUGGUCGGCAGCUGCAAUGACGGUGCACAGCGGAUGGAGAGGACGGAACAGAUGUACACCAUCCAGAAACAGAUGGAGUUUGGUAAAAUCAAGCCGUUUCCACUGGUGUCGUCGUCACGCUGGCUGAAGAAACGUGGCGAGCUGGCCAUCUGUGCUGAAGAGCUAAGCAUCUGGAGAGCGUUCAGUAACAGGAGCAAAUACCUGUUUCUCUUCAAUGAUGUACUUAUUGUCACCAAGAGGAAGAGUGAGGACAGCUUUGUGGUGAUGGACUACGCCACCCUGGAGAAUGUGGAGGUGGAGGUCAGCGAUGAAACAGACGGUCAGGCGUCGCCACUUGCCAAGAGCAGCUCCGGCCAAAAUCUGUCCUUCAAGCUGCUCAUGAGCAAGAACAGUGAGGGCCGACAAGAGCGUACCACCCUAGUGGCUGAGUCCAGGGUGGACCGGGCACGCUGGAUAGUCGCUCUCACCCAGCACAAGCAGACAGAGCUUUUCUCCUGCAAAGAGGGUCUGCCCCAGUACGAGGCCACCAAAGCCUACAUGCCCAAAGAGCCCGACGAGCUGGGCCUGAGGCAAGCCGAGCUCGUCAUCGUCCAGAGGAAGGAGGAUGACCCGAUGCUCCCAACAGGCUGGUGCUAUGGAGAGCGGAUGCGCGACGGUGAGAGAGGCUGGUUUCCUGCCAGCUGUGCCACAGAGAUCACCAAUCCCACGGCCAUAGAGGACAACAUGCAGCGGAUGAAGCGCCUCCGCAAAGAGACCAAUGUUUGAGAAUAGAAUUGGCUUGGAAAGCAUUCAUCCACAAAAACAUUUGUGAGGUCAGAGAGCUAACUUUCACACCAACCUCAUCCAAGCAUGCCUUUUCAUGGACCUUGCAGGCAGACGACUUGAUAGUCGGUGGUAAAUAGGAGGUACAGCCCAAUGCAAUUAUAUUCAUGACAAUGUAGUGCCUUCACCACACUUCACUUUGUCAAAGCCUUAUUCCCCCCAAAAAAUUUUAACUGAAAAUUCAACAACUAAGUUUUUUUAAGAUGCUUGAAAAUAAAACUAUCAUGUUUAAAAACAAAAACUUAUGGUGUUUGUUUAGAAUUUAAGGAAAAAAAUUAAGUUAGCUGUACAGUGGUGCCUUGAGAUGAGUUUGUGUGACCACAUAUUUUGAGGCACCUCUGUAUAAUAAAUGUCCUUCCAGAUGUACUGUAUACUAUGUGGGUUUCACCAGGGCCCACAGUUCGUUUCCAUCAAACCAAUCCUUUCCAUGUCAUUAGCGAUUUCCUAUUUUGGUUGCUGUAUUUAACUUGUGAUAGCAAUUAAGCCUAUAGUCUUUAUUUAAAAGCUGUUAUUUUAUGUAUGUUGAGCAACACUGCAAAUAUUGAAAUUUAUUUCUGACACUUAAUGCAUAAACAAUUCAACUCCA